AUGACGGGCACCAUUGUGAAGACGGACCUCCUCAUUGUUGGCGCUGGGCCGGCGGGAGCAUCUCUUGCUUGCUUCCUCUCGUCGCAUGGGCUUCGUGGAAUCAUGAUAUCAGCUGCACCUGGUACAGCAGAGACACCCAGAGCUCACAUUACCAACAUGGCUGCGCUAGAAUGCCUCCGUGACAUUGGAUUGGAUAAAGACUGUAUCGCAGCGGCUUCUCAUGGAGACAAUAUGCAACAUACAAUUUGGUGUCACUCCAUGGCUGGUCCGGAGUAUGCCAGAACGUAUUCAUGGGGCCAUGACCCUUGUCGCAAGGGUGAUUAUGAAACUGCAAGUCCUUGUUCGCAUGUCGACAUCCCGCAAACAGAUCUUGAACCAAUUCUCGUCCGCCGAGCGACUCACGGUGGCUGGUCGGUGCGAUUCAACACCACAUUACUCAAACUUAGUCGACCCGCGGACGAUGAAACCAUUUGUCAAGUCCAAGAUAACUUGACCGGACAAGUAUAUCGCAUACAAUCGCGCUUUGUAUUCGGCUGUGACGGAGCAAGAAGCCAGGUUGUGAGAGAGAUAGCCAUUCCCCUCAUCAAGAAGCCUGGCCAAGGUCUAGCCGUCAAUGUACUGGUCAAGGCAGACAUGUCCCACCUUGUCAAGCAUCGUAAAGGGAAUCUGCAUUGGGUUUUCCGACCUGAGAAAGAGUAUCCACCUUGGGGUUGGAUGACUUGUCUCCGCAUGGUCAAGCCGUGGACUGAAUGGAUGUUUAUUUUCUUGCCACAUCCAUCCGAGGACAUGACGGGUCCGGCCAUGAAUGCCACAGAGGAAGAGUACAUUGCCAAAGUGAAGGAAAUAAUCGGAGAUGAUUCAGUCGUGCCGGAAAUUUUGAACGUGAGCAAGUGGUGGAUCAAUGAGAUUGUUGCAGAGUAUUACUCAGAUGGUAACAUAUUCUGUCUCGGAGAUGCUGUCCACCGGCACCCACCAUUCAAUGGCUUGGGCUCCAAUACAUGCAUUCAGGAUGCCUUCAACCUGGCGUGGAAGAUAGCGUACGCAGUGUCUGGCAAAGCAGGACCAGCACUGCUAAAGACAUACAGCGUGGAAAGACAGCCAGUUGGCGUUGAUGUAAUUACGAGAGCCAACGAGGGACUCCGGGAUCACUCCCCAUGGAUGAAGGCGAUGGGCAUGCUGGAGCCAAAUCUGCAGGACCGCCUUGCCAUUCAGGCCGAGUUCAACGACCAAGGCGAAAAGGGCCGACAAAGACGCCGGGAUUUUACGCAGGCCAUCAAGCGAACAGUAAAAGAGUUUCACGGUCUCGGCGUAGAGAUGAACCAGCUCUACUCUUCAUCCGCCAUUUGUCGGGAAGAAGACUCCCCGUCCACUCUCGUUGGCAAAUGUGACGUAGAGAGAUAUUGUGUCACCACCCUUCCAGGCAGCCGGUUACCACACUCCUGGCUCAACUCGCGCAUUCCAGGGCCAAAGGUGUCUACCGUCGAUUUAGCAGGACACGGCCGCUUUUGUUUAUUCACUGGUCCAGGAGGACAAGCAUGGAAAGACGCCGCCGCGUCCGUGUCUAAUACUCUUGGGAUCCCUAUCAAUAGUUACUCGAUUGGCUGGAGUCAGGAUUACGAGGAUGUAUAUUGUGAGUGGGAAAGCAAGAGGCAGGUGGAAGAGGAUGGGUGUCUGCUGGUUCGUCCAGAUCGAUUUGUCGCUUGGAGGUGCAGCUCCAUGAUCCCUGAUUGUGCGAGCAGGCUGGAAGCAGUCGUCAAGUCUAUUCUAUCACUUUAA